AUGGUUAAUGUAUUCAACGUGCAGAUCUUCUUCAUCGUGUUCCGCGAGUGUCUCGAAGCAGUAGUAGUCGUCUCCGUCCUCCUCGCCUUUCUCAAACAAGGCAUAGGCAAAUCAUCGAGCGACCCCAAGAUCUACAAGAAGCUACGCAGGCAAGUGUGGCUAGGGGCCAUCAUUGGCGUCGCGAUAUGUAUCAUCAUCGGGGUCAUCUUCAUUGCGUUAUUCUACACUUUGGGAAACGACAUCUGGUCCAAGUCCGAGGAUCUAUGGGAGGGGAUCUUUUGCAUGAUUGCCACUGUGUUGAUCUCGAUGAUGGGGAUCGCCAUGUUGCGCAUCAACAAGAUGAAGGAGAAAUGGAGGGUCAAGUUGGCCCAGGCGUUAACUCGGCCACCGGCACAUAAGAAGGACCGGUUCAAGAUUGGGUAUUUGACGAAGAAAUACUGUAUGUUCAUCUUGCCCUUGAUUACGUGCUUGAGGGAGGGGUUAGAGGCGAUUGUGUUUGUUGGCGGGGUGGGGUUGAACUCGCCCGCUACCUCGUUCCCCAUCCCCGUGAUCUGUGGUUUGAUCGCUGGUAUCGCGGUGGGCACGAUAUUGUAUUUCUCGGGCUCGUCGAUUAGUUUACAGGUUUUCCUUAUUAUAUCGACGGGGAUCUUGUAUCUUAUUUCCGCGGGGUUGUUUUCGCGUGGUGUAUGGUAUUUCGAAAGCCAUGUGUUUAAUAAUCAAACGGGUGGCGAUGCCUCGGAGAAUGGAUCUGGCCCGGGCACCUACGAUAUUAACAAGUCGGUGUGGCAUGUCAAUUGCUGCAACCCCGAGAUUGAUAAUGGGUGGGAUGUGUUUAAUGCGUUGUUGGGAUGGCAGAAUAGCGCCACUUACGGCUCGGUCUUAUCUUAUAACCUCUACUGGUUAGCCAUCAUCGUGACGUUGUUGUUGAUGCUUUACGAAGAGAAAGUGGGCCAUUUGCCCUUGUUGAAGGGGGUCACUUUGAGAUCGAUGAACCCGAUGUACCACAUUAAGAAUAAAAAGAAGCACGAGUUGACGCAGGCCGAAAAGGAUAAGUUGUUUGCCGAUUUGCGCAACGCGAGGUUCAAUGCUGAUGGCGGGGUCGAGUUGGAUGAUGUCGACGAGGUGAAGAACGAGAGGGUCAGCUUGAGCUCGGAAAAGCGUCCUUAA